AUGGUCACCUCAUCAGCAUCAAGCUUGAUAUUGUUGUGCCUCACAGUUUCAUUGCUUCUUCUUCUUCUUCCCUUGCCCUCCCAUUGUGCAGACCCUGAUCCUUUACUAGACUUGUGUGUGGCAAACUUGACUGCCUCCACAUCAUCUAGCAACUUGCCCUGCAAACUCCCCUCGGAGGUUACUGCAGAUGACUUUGUCUUCGACGGGCUGAGCAAGCAAGGUAACGUCACGAACCUCUUUGGGGUGGCCGUGACAACCGGGAAUGUCCUUUCAUUCCCGGGGCUUAACACUCUCGGGUUAUCCAUGAACAGAGUUGACUUUGGGCCAGGCGGGAUUAACCCGCCUCACUCGCACCCUCGUGCGAGUGAGAUUGGGAUUGUCAUUGAAGGGAAGAUCCUUUCAGGGAUUGUGACAACUAAGAAUGUGUACUACGGUAAGGUCGUGACUGCGGGGCAAGUGUUUGCGGUUCCAAGGGGACUUGUUCACUUUGAGCUAAAUCUUGGGCAAACAAAGGCCUUUUUCUUCACAGCUUUCAACAGCCACUUGCCUGGCUCCACGGUUCUUCCUCUAAGUCUAUUUGCUGCGGCCCCUUCAAUCCCAAUGGAAGUGCUGACCAAGACUUAUCUAGUGGAUGAAGAUGCCAUCAACGCCAUGAAAUCCAAGUUCGUCUUUUAA